AUGGGUAACCCCACUAAUGGGUUUGAAAAUCCGAGGCCGUGGCAGAGAAACCCUAAUUUUGAAGCAGACACCUAUGGCAAAUUUCCGUAUAGGGAUGGCUUGGCGCCACCGCCACCGCCACCGCCACCGCCACCAUAUGAAUAUGGCGGCAAUGCGUACAUUGGUGAUGGUGAUAGGAACUUUAAGAGGCCGAGAGUCGAUGUUUUGGGUUUAAAGAGCGAGUUUAACCCGAAAAAUGCGAGUCUUACGCCGGAGGAUGAGAGAAGAUUGAAGCUAAUUCGUGAUCACGGUGGGGUGAAUUCAGUUUCCGGUAGUCGUACCGUUCCGAAUGGCGAUACGAAUAGGUAUGCUGAAGAAAGUAAAGUUUUUGAAGGGGAUUAUAGUAAACCUAGUGUUAAUAGGAGUUUCCCCCAUUCUCAAACUGAAGAGUUUAGUCAUUCUGAAGUUGGUAAUGAAAAUUACCAUAGCCACAAUCCUCAACAGUUUCAAAGUAAAGAUUCUAGGCCUGUGAAUGAAGCACAAUAUUCCCAUGUGAAUAGUUGGCAAGCACAUACUGGGACGAGUGCACCAUACUAUGACCAUAACAAUCAGCUACCACAACCCUAUGGAAUGCAGAGGCAUUCUGUGAGUCAUCAACAUGGCACUCCAAAUACGAACGAACAUGGAGGCUACUUUCAUUCCCCUGGCUUGAUUUCUAACAAUGCAGGUCAUAUGCCAGCUGCUCGGUCAAUCAGUGGGCAGCCUCCUCUUCCCACUUCUCCACCACCUCCUCUACCAAUGGACCCGCCAUCAAAAUCGUCUUCUUCAUUGUUUCCUGUUUCCUUUAGUUCCUCAUCAAUGACGCCUUCAACCUAUCCACCAAUUCAUGAAGCCCGUUCCCUGGCGCAGCCUUAUUUCCAUAAUAAGUCAUUUUCACAUGCUUCUACUGGUUUUGUCAUGGAGGAAUCUCAUGUUUCCCAUCAAAUAUCAUCAAAGCAGUAUGGAGAGGGACAUCCAUUUCCACGGAAGCAGUCAUCUUUGGAUAAGCCAAAAGUAAUUGAUGCUUCCCACUUAUUUAAGCAGCCACAUAGACUCACUCGUCCUGAUCAUUUUGUGAUAAUCCUACGAGGGCUUCCAGGUAGUGGAAAGAGCUACUUAGCAAAGAUGUUGCGCGACCUAGAGGUUGAAAAUGGUGGUGAUGCUCCACGAAUUCAUUCUAUGGAUGAUUAUUUUAUGACAGAAGUAGAAAAGGGUGAGGAAAGUGAUGUUUCAAAAUCUUCAAGUUCAGCCAGAGGCAAGAAGCGAGUAUUGAAGAAGGUGAUGGAGUAUUGUUAUGAACCUGAAAUGGAGGAGGCUUAUCGGUUGAGUAUGCUGAAGGCAUUUAAGAAGACCCUUGAGGAGGGUGUUUUCACCUUCAUAAUUGUGGAUGACCGCAAUCUGCGGGUAGCUGAUUUUGCUCAGUUUUGGGCAAUUGCAAAGAGUUCAGGAUAUGAAGUUUAUAUACUAGAAGCAUCAUAUAAGGAUCCUGCGGGCUGCGCAGCUAGGAAUGUGCAUGGCUUUACCCAAGAUGACAUACAGAAUAUGGCCGGACUAUGGGAGGAAGCUCCAUCCAUAUACUUGCAAUUGGAUGCCAAGUCAUUAUUCCAUGGAGAUGACCUGAAGGGAAGUGACAUUCAAGAGGUGGACAUGGAUACUGAAGACGCAGAUAAUGAUAGUCUAUUGGGAUUUCAAGAAACAAAGCCUGAGAAGAUCCUAGCACCUUCUGCUGAAGAUGAUGCUCAUAAUGGCUCUUCCAAGGGUGCGAAGAGCUUGGAUGCUGAAGAAGACCAUCCAACUGUGGAAGUGAAAGAACUAGGCAGGAGUAAAUGGUCAGGAAUAUUAGAUGAAGAUGAUACUGAAAAAACUGAAGGUGUGAAGGGUAACUUUAAUACUCUUUCUGGACUUAUUCAAGCUUAUCGCAAGGGAGGAAAAUCUGUAUGCUGGAGUGACCAGGUUGGCAAUACGGGGUUUUCAAUAGCAGCAGCAAAGAAGGCGAAUGUCUUGUCUUUGGUGAUUGGACCGGGUUCUGGAUACAACUUGAAGUCCAAUCCAUUACCCGAAGAAGAGAACCCGGUAACCCAUAGCAGUGGUGAAUCAAAGAGGCAGAACGUAUUCGAAGACCAACUUCGAGCAGAACGUGAAUCCUUCAAAGCUGUUUUUGACAGGAGGCGGCAGCGGAUUGGUGGACUUGGUUUGGAGGAGUAGUAGUUAGUUCUAGGUGUCAGGAUUCUUUCCUUGAAAGUGUUGUUGGAAUAUCGUUUUCUGUUGUUAAUAUGUCAAUUUAGCUGUUGUUGUAAUCUAUUGACACUUGAAUUGGGUGGAUCAACCCCUCUGAUUUUGUAAUCUCAUUGGAGGAGAAUGCUGUAAAAACCACCUCUGAUUUUGUAAUCUCAUUGGAGGAGAAUGCUGUAAAAUUCGGUGGAAAACCAGAGACUGAUUUUCUACACCAUCGAAGCCUUAAAUGUAUGAACAAUUUUGAGGCUGAUUGGAUACUAAUGAAUGAGAACAAAAAUUUAUUUAUUUCCUAA